UCGCUCUGAUUGGUGAAAAGCGUGCGCAUGCAAGAUCAUGCGCUCUUGUUGUCGUGCGGUAGCCGAAUAGCAAGCAAUUAUUAACGCAAAUAUCUUUUACUCUUCUGUCGAAACGAACUUGAUCUAAAUCAUUAGAUAUUUUGCGUAUUUAUUUUUAGUAUCACAACCGCCAAGAGUUGAGAAGAACUGCACAAAGGUUCCUGCAUCCAUUCAGCCCGACAGCGCGUGCAUCCUCUGUCCAUGAAAGGAGUUUCGUCUCUUAUAAACAAACAUGAAUCACUAUCUAUUUGUUCUUCUUUCUUUCGUGCAUGUACUGGCGGAUUCGGAUUUUGCGAAAAUCGAUGGUGCUCCACCUUCUAAAAUAGCUGUUGUUGGAGCUGGAAUCGGAGGAACCGCUACAGCUCACUUCCUAAGGCAACAUUUCGGACCGGAAGUGAGAAUAGAUGUGUUUGAGAAAGGGUCAGUCGGGGGUCGUCUGGCUACAGUCACAGUGAACCACCAGGACUACGAGUCCGGGGGAUCCAUCAUUCAUUCCCUCAACCUACACAUGCAAGACUUUGUCCAGCAACUGGGGCUGAAGUACAGAAAGAGUGUGGCUGGGAAAACAGCAGUGUUCAAUGGAGACGAGUUUAUUUUGGAGGAGACAGAUUGGUAUCUGCUGGACUUGUUUCGCUUGUGGUGGCGCUAUGGGAUCAGCUUCAUCCGCCUGCAGAUGUGGGUGGAGGAGAUCAUGGAGAAGUUCAUGAGAAUCUAUAAAUACCAGGCCCAUGGCUAUGCCUUCAGUUCAGUAGAAGAGCUGCUGCACUCUCUCGGGGGUUCAGGAUUCAUCAACAUGACCCGCCGCUCACUUUCGGAGUCUCUGUUGGAGCUGGGCGUCUCCCAGCGCUUCAUUGAUGAAGUCAUUGCCCCGAUCAUGAGGGUCAACUACGGCCAGAACAUCAGCAUCCCUGCGUUUGUUGGUGCUGUGUCUCUGGCUGGGGCACAGGCCAAUCUCUGGGCUGUGGAGGGAGGAAACAAGCUGGUUUGCUCGGGUCUGCUUAAACUAGCAAGAGCCAAUCUCAUGCCAAGUUCUGUUACAGCCAUUACCCUCCGAUCAACAGGAGAUUACCAACAAUACGAGCUCACCUACGACUCUGAAACUGAAAAGUCAUCAGAGCUCUAUGACAUUGUAGUAGUAGCGACGCCUCUCCAGCAAAACUUCAACUCAGGCAUCUCAUUCCAGGGCUUUGAGCCACAACUUCCAGAAAUAGCGGGCUCCUAUCACCAAACGGUGGCCUCCAUCAUCCACGGCUACCUAAACUGCUCUUACUUCGGCUUCCCCGACCCAAAGCUCUUCCCAUUUUCCAGCAUCCUGACCACAGACACUCCGGGACUUUUCUUCAACAGCGCCGCCAGCGUCUGCCCGGUCAACAUAACCUCUGGCUUCCGCCGGAAGCAGCCUCAAGAGGCCGGCGUCUACAAGGUCUUUUCCCCAAAACCUCUGGAGAAGAGCGAACUGAAGACACUUUUUAAGUCCUACUACUCCGUGCAGGUCACAGAUUGGUUGGCGUACCCUCACUACGGAAGCACCCAGGGCUUGCCUCCGGUGGUGCUGCAUGAGAACUUGUACUUCCUGAAUGGAAUGGAAUGGGCUGGGAGUGCGAUGGAGAUGAGCUCGGUGGCAGCUAAGAAUAUAGCACUGUUGGCCUACCACCGCUGGAACAGACAGCUGGAAAUGAUUGACCAGAAGGACCUCAUGCACAAAGUAAAGACAGAAUUGUGACGCAGCUCGUACUGUACGUCAUUAUGAAGACACUGUGAAGUAUGAUAACAGGGAUUAUAUUUGUCAAACCUACUUAGAGACUAAGUAAGCAACAGCAUGUUUUAGAUUCAGCACAACGCGGCUUAUGUCUUAGUUUUCUUUUUUGAUGCAAGAUGCUGAAAGGUUGCAUGUCUGCUUGUGUGCCAGAUGUUGUGUGAUCUGUAUCAGGCGGCGGUAAUGUGUGGGACGAUUUCUCCAUUGCUGACCAGCUUGGUGCGUCUGUGAGCUCACUUGUCAUGAGCUUAUGUGAUGAAGUGAAAUCGUUGCGUGGAAAGACGUGAGAGUAAUUCUCCAUUUGUUUAGGAUUUUUUUUCAGUUUGCUGAAGAAAUCUUAUGGUUUCCAAUUGAUCUUGUGUUUUACAUGCUAUGUAUGUGUAAUGUCACCGGGCGAGGAAAAGUAUUAGCAGGAUUUUUAACUUUGGAAACGAAUUAUUAUGACGAAUUGACUUUCACAUUUCAAUAAAUAAUGGCUUAUGGUCAUCUCUAAAUAAUAA